UCCAGCUUAAGAGAGGCGUGGGUGCUCCGCUUGGGGGUCAGACUGCUCGUGCUCCUGCCGUGGAUUCCUACCUGAUAACCAUGCUGUCUUCCUCCCUGCAGUUCCCCUGAGGUCAAAGAGCGCUGGUUCGGUACUUUACAAAGGAAGAUCAGGGAAGCCGCGGAGCGAUCUGGUCCUCUGUCUCCACCCCCCUCUGUACUCAUGACGGUGUUGAGCGGCAGCGUCGCUAGUAAAACCCCGGCUAGCGGAAUGGAUUCAGUCAUUCAGCUGCCUACAGAUGGCACUGCCCCCCCGGCUGUGAAGGAGGGGCCAUUGUGUAACACGGAAGACAAAGCCUGCCGCCCGAUUGAGAACACCGGCAGCCGGAGGUGGAGCUUCUUCCUGAGGAAACUGCGGGAGAGCUCCUCCCUCUCUGUCCCCGCCCCCUCCGCUGACCCCGCCUCCCCCAAGACCCUCCUCUUCGGCCAGCAGCUGUCCAAAGUCUGCCCCGAGGAGGACAAGCUCCCGAAGCCAAUCACGGACAUGCUGAUGCUGCUCCUGAAGAAAGGCAUCUUUGCAGAGGGAGUGUUCCGGAAGGCAGCGAAUGCCCGCAGCGUGAAGGAGAUCCGUGAGCAGCUGAACAGCGGUGUGGACGUGGACAUGGAGUCCAAACCCGUCACCCUCCUGGCCGCACUCUUUAAGGACUUCCUCCGGCAGAUCCCGGGCAGCUUGCUGGUGGCUGAACAGUACGGAGACUGGAUGCAGGCCCUGGAGAGAGAGGACAUCCAGGAACGACACGCCCAGCUCAAACAGAUGAUUGACAGACUCCCGCCCACCAAUGGGGUGCUCCUGCGACACCUCCUGUGCGUGCUCCACCACAUCAGCCUCAAUGCCGGCGCUAACAAGAUGGACGCCAGGAACCUGGCCAUCUGCAUCGCGCCCAACCUGCUGCAGCACCACAGCCUGGACACUGAGACCGUCAGCAAGGUUACGGACCUGACGCAGUUCCUAAUUGAGAACUGCCGUGAGAUUUUCGGGGAGCAGAUCCAGUCUCUGCUUGGAGACCCGGAUGAGGAAGAGCUCGUUGAUAACUUGGAUUCCAGGUCGUCCCAUCAGCACGACUCGGCGUAUGACAGCACUGACCCCGACGCAGAAGGAGAUUCGGGGGACCCCGCUGUGGGGGGACCGCUCAAGGCGUGUGGCAGCGCUGAGGAGGAGGAGGAUGAGCCCCGCCUCCCCGGUUGCCAGGACGACAGGCCGACGCCCAAGCCCUUGCCCCGCCGCCGCUCGGAACCCGCCCUCUUCCCCUCCGCCGUUGCCGCCGGCAACCGGCUCGGCAGCCUGGCCCGUAGCCAUGACGACUUCUCUGGCGGCCUGGGGUUCCAGGAGCAGCCGCUGAAGAAGCAGGUGUCAGAGGACUCCUUCCUGCUGUCCGGGUCCCAUCAGAGACAGGGCGGGGCUGAGCCUUUAGCCCCGCUUCCUCUCAGGACCGCCCCCGCCGCUCCCCAGAAGGACAGCUCCUGCUCCUCCUCCUGCUCCCUGGAGAGCUCCUUCUCCAACCAAUCAGAGAGCUCUGUCUUCACCAGCUCUCCGCUGCCCUCCCCCUCCUGCUCCAGGAGGUCCCUGUUCCCCCGACACCAGUCCUUCCACCUGGGCAAAGGAGGGGAGGACGCCCCCUCGCCCGCCCCCCUCCCCCCACAGCCAGAGAAGGAGGUGAAGGAGGUGAAGGAGGUGAAGGAGGUGAAGAGGCGGGCCCAGUCCAUGAGGAUUGGUGGGAAGAUGCGGGUCCGGAGCUGGAGCGCCUUCAGUCGGGGCGGGAGCCUGAAAAAGGGGGACCCCCAGAAAGAGGGGGCGCCCUUCCCCUGCGAGACCCUGCAGGAGGACUCGCUGAGCGAGACCGCGCCGCCGGACCACGCCCCCGCCAGGCCCCGCCCCCGGCCGCUGUCCGCCGUGGAGGUGUUCCAGCAGGUGGACAGCCGGCUGGCCGCCAAGCCCCCGGCGUACGAGCAGGCCCUGCUGAGCGGGGUGCAGCUGGCCCCCCCGCAGUACCGCACCCUGACUGUGAGAGGCGCCAGAGAGCUGGAGCGGAAGUCCCGCCCCGUGUCCGUCAGCGACGACCUGCUCCUCCGCACCCACCCCGCCUGUGACCUCACGGGCUGCCAUGCCCAGGACACGCCCGCUUUGGCCCCUCCCGCUCUGGCUCCGGCUCCGCCCCCCUCCAUGUUCCGCCCGAGGGCCAUGUCCGCUUCCGCCCCCUGUGACCCACACCAGAAGGUGAUCCGCAGAUGCAGCCAGCCACUGUUUGAGGAAAUAUCGUACGCCAAGGAGUCCUAUGUGUGAACUCCCCCAAAACACCAGAUUCACCUGUGUGAACUCCCCCAAAACACCCGAUUCACCUGUGUGAACUCCCCCAAAACACCCGAUUCACCUGUGUGAACUCUCCCAGAACACUUGUUUCACAUGUGCAAUGUGUACUUCACUUUGUGUGUCUGUGUGUGCAACUUGCUUAGGUUGGACUUCAUUAAGUAGUACUGUUUAGAGUACACAAAACAAGCUGUAAUUUCAGUCUAAAAAGCUAUGUAUAAAUGCAAAAAUAUCAGACUAGCCACCCUAUAAAGCUGUGUACAUAAUUCAAACUUGCAAGUAGUUUUAAUAUAUACUGUUGAUCUAAUAUAUAAGAGGUCAUGUUAAGUGUAUGCUUGUCUAGUUGAUGUACAUUUGUAAAUAUACUGUAGUUUUACUUUAAUGCAACUUUCAUUUUUUGCAUGUGCCUGUCUUGAAUUUCCUCUUUGACUACAACGUCUCACCUUCCACUACAAUAAAGCGCUCAGAGAGUUCA